UACUCACGUGUGUGUGCUUGCUGGUUGUGUUAGUACCGAACCGUUCGUACGGGCAAGGGUCGGUGACCGGUGGUACACGCACGUAGCCGCGUUGAUUGUGGGUGCAGGGCCCGAUUAUCUCCCUUCGACAAAAAGCCGAGAGACCGCAUUGAACAAGGCUAUAAUUCUGGCAGCUGGUCUUCAUUGGGCGAUAGAAAUUAAAAAUUGGGCGUUUUUAGCUGCGCACAUAAAAUGUACAUAGUGUACAAGCAUGAGUGCUUGGCGGUACAGGGGUACCAGCGAAAGCGCUAUUGCGCUUUGGGCUCUUUUAGUGUGCGGCGCGGAAUUGGGCGCAUUGGCAUUGCACUGCAUGCACAAACCGCAUAGUUAGGCGCUUACUGAAGCCAAAUUUAUAGCGCGUAUUUUAAAGUUGCUAAGGAGCUUAGUUACGCGUAGGCCGUAGGCGCUAGGCGCGGCGCACUAGCACUUCACUUGCCAUUUUGCUGUCACUUUGAGCGGACGUGCGCUGAUCUCCACAACUAAUAUUACUAUGCCAUUACCAAUGACCACUCCAGACGAUCUGGAUGAGAGCAGGUUGCUGAUGUGCAACAAGUGCCCGAAAGUAUUCUUGCAGAGACGAAGCCUCUACCGGCAUCUGCAAGAUUGCCAUGGUCCACCCAGAUAUCUCGACUGCCAAAGGUGUGAAUUCCAGUCUAAACGGCGGGACAACCUUCGCAGACACUACAGAAGGGUACAUCCUCAACACAUGGAUGACCUCCAUUUCUCAAGCAGCCCUCAGGGGCAGCCACCACACAGUCACCGUUGGAUGGAGCGGAGGGAUAUCGCAAAAGUGUCCAACAGCCCCAGGGCAAGACCUGCAGCAACGGCGAGCUGUCCCCCGGAGACAGUAAAUGCUCCAGCUAAAUAUCCAGCUACAGUUCCACCCACACCACGAGAAGCGGUGCAUGUGGCACCUCCUCAGCCUACACCAUGCAGUGUCUGGAAUGAGAUGGAAAUUCCAGUAGCUGAGGAGGUGGUGAUCUCGCCAGCCGCAUCACUAUCCUUACUACCAGCAACCGCUGAGGAGCUGCCCACCCACAACAAGACACCUAGCCCGGUUGCGGCACCAGUAAGCGGGAAACCCCUAGCCUGGCUGAAAAGUCAACUUCAACAGCAAAAUCUGCCUACAGCCUCGGCCUCGUCAAGUGAGUCGAGCGAGGACUCAGACGAAGAAGAGGAGGUCACCAAGAAGAAAUCAUCCCUGCUCAAUAUUGCCAUCGACAACGGCCUGACCAAAGUGACAGAGGUCGUCACCAAGACGAAUUUCCGCAACGGCGACAAGGUUUCCGAGGUGACGCGGAUCAGGGUGUAUGAAGCCGGCAGCAAGUAGUUCCAAAGUCUUCAAGUUCGUCUAUCUGGACUUAACUUUUAACUUCAAUUAGGGCCUAAUUGUUCCUCGUCGCUUUGCGGAUCAGGACUCUAGUGCCACCUGUUAAUCAACAAGAGAGUCUAAGUGUUUUUAUUUUAUUCUAAAAUAUUAAGUGUUGCGGAUCGAAGGACUCUAGCGUCCCAGUUAAUGUUUUACUGUUAAUUCAGAUAAUUGUUGACGAAUUUAUUGUUCAAGUGGUUUUUUUUUUGAGGAUCAACAGACUCUGUUCAUCGGUUAAAUUUGCUAUAGAGACAAUGUUUUUAAGGAAAUGUUUUUAACGAAUUGCUGAAUUGUUUAAUCACAAAUUAAUUGCUGCUUUUAUCCCUCACCUUUUAACCAAUUUGCUUGUUAGAGUUUCAGCCUAAGUGAACGGGGACCGUUCAGGCUUCGAGUGGGGCUAUGUAGCGCAAAUUGGUAAACACUUUCAUCAUACUUCUCGCGCGGCGAUUCUCUUUAAUUCUGGCAGCUGGUCUUCAUUGGGC